GGAGGGGAGCAACUUUCCCGCUCGCCCCCCGGGCAGGGGGAGCGGCCGGGGCCGUGCGGGAGAAAGCCGUGCGAGGAGGAGCUCGCCUUGGGGGGGGGGGGGAGAUGAAGCCGGGGCGUGGGGAAGCCGCUCCCUCCUUCCUCCUCCUCCUCCUCCUCCCCCUCCUUCCCGGCUGCUCCAGUCCCGCGGGCAGGCGGCCGCUGCCUCCUGCCUGAGCCGCUUGAGUUGGGAAGUGCCUCGCUGCCGCCGGGAUGGGCACGUCGCUGGCUGCUCCCAGCAUCCUGCUCCUCCUGGCCGGCGCCGCGGGGCUCUGCCGGGCGCACUUCUCCCUGCCCCUCCGCGUGUCCCCCCCGGCCGCCCCCGGCGGGUCGCCGCCCGCCCCGGUGCUGCUGAGGCCGGCGAGCAGCAGCCGGCGGCAGCAGGAGCCCCUCGGUGACACGGACGGCUUGGCCUUGGCCUCGGAUCCCAGGGGCGCCAUCAACUUUUUAGCCAUGGUGGAGAAUCUGCAGGGGGACUCCGGCCGGGGCUACUACCUGGAGAUGCUGAUCGGGACCCCGCCGCAGACGUUAAAUAUUCUGGUUGACACUGGAAGCAGUAAUUUUGCUGUAGCAGGUGCACCCAAUCCUGAUGUCACCUCCUACUUCAAUCCAGAGCUGUCAAGUACAUAUAAAUCUCAAGGAAUUGAUGUCACAGUUAAGUACACUCAAGGAAGCUGGACGGGAACGCUAGGUACAGAUGUCAUUACUAUCCCAAAAGGAAUCAAUGGCAGCUACACUAUCAACAUUGCUACCAUUCUUGAAUCCGAGAAUUUCUUCUUGCCAGGGGUUAAAUGGCAUGGGAUUCUUGGUCUUGCCUAUGAUGCCUUAGCCAAGCCUUCAAGUUCUGUGGAGACAUUCUUUGAUUCUCUUGUGAGGCAGGCGAAGAUCCCCAACAUCUUCUCCUUGCAGAUGUGUGGUGCUGGACUGCCUGUUUCUGGAAGUGGUGCCAACGGAGGUAGUCUUGUUUUAGGUGGAAUUGAACCAAGUCUGUACAAGGGUGAUAUCUGGUAUACGCCUAUCAAAGAAGAGUGGUAUUAUCAAGUUGAAAUUCUCAAGCUGGAGGUUGGAGGACAGAAUCUCGAGUUGGACUGCAGAGAGUAUAAUGCAGAUAAAGCAAUAGUAGACAGUGGUACCACCCUCCUCCGGCUGCCCCAAAAAGUCUUCAGUGCUGUUGUGCAAGCCAUAGUUCGCAUGUCCCUGAUACAAGAAUUCUCUUCUGGUUUCUGGACUGGUUCACAGCUUGCAUGCUGGGAUAAAACUGAAAGUCCCUGGUCCUUAUUUCCCAAACUCUCCAUUUACCUGAGGGAUGAAAACUCCAGCAGGUCGUUUCGGAUCUCUGUCUUACCACAGCUUUAUAUUCAACCCAUUCUUGGUAUUGGAGAGAACCUGCAGUGCUACCGAUUUGGGAUCUCUUCCUCCACGAAUGCGCUAGUUAUUGGUGCUACAGUCAUGGAAGGCUUCUAUGUAAUAUUUGACAGAGCUCAGAGGAGAGUGGGCUUUGCAGUGAGUCCAUGUGCAGAAGUUGGUGGCUCUCCAGUAUCUGAGAUUGAAGGACCUUUCACAACAGCGGAUGUUGCAAGCAACUGUGUUUCUAGCGUUUCUUUCCAUGAACCAGUGUUAUGGAUUGCCUCCUAUGCUCUCAUGAGCUUGUGUGGAAUUAUCCUCCUGGUACUGAUCAUUCUUCUGCUUAUUCCACCGCGGUGUCAGCACCGCUACACUGACAAUGAUGUGGUCAAUGACGAAUCUUCCUUAGUGCGUCAUCGAUGGAAAUGAAAGACUUGAUCAUGAAACCUGGAACUUAAACACAAUGAAGUAUAAAGUACUUUGCCAAGGAGGAGAAGCCAACACCUCAGUCCUUCCUACGUCCAUUAUAAAUUGCAUUUGAAAUCCCUCCAAAUAUCCUGCAUCAUGAUUUUUUAAGCUUUAUUUUCUAACAUUGAUUCUGAACCAAAGCACUAUUAAUCACCUCUUAAGUGCUACUGUACUGGAUUUGCUACUGUAGUACAAUGAGCCUUUAUACCCUCAUUAGUACCUUAUUUUUUUUAAAAAAAAAGGAAAAGAACAAAACACACCAUGAUGUUCUUCCACUAUCUGAAAAAGAUUAUCCCUCCUUCUUUCACAAGAGGAGCUGUCCAAAGUUUCCAACUAAUCAAGCCUUGAAUGUAGAAAGAAACAUAAUUCUUAAUAAUUUCUCUUCUUAAUCAUAUUAAAUUAAUACAGCUUUUUGUUUAUAUCUAUUUAUAUAUAUGAAACUGUGUGCUUGGGGCUUGGGAGGAGAAAAGGUCAGACUUAUUCAGCAGACGGAUAGAAGUGAGGUCAAGAAGAAGAAAUGUCAAUUUUUUUUUCUCCCUCCCCCCCCCCCCCCUUAAGAUUACUGCUGCCGCUAGAGAGGGUCAUUGUGCCUCAGCAUCAUUCCAAGAGUUUGAGGAGGCGAAAACAGGGAAACAAACUUGUUCUGCCUUAGUGUGAAACAAGACUACCUCUCAGCUUACAAGGAUGCUUACCACUGGCGAGCAUGUGACAGGAAAUUCCAUACAACAAAGUGUAACUCCUUGGCUUCUAAGUAGCUGGUUUUAUCAAACUAAUGUUUCAUAACUUUCCAUUUCAGUGAACAAAAAAAGCCUCUCAGUUUUCCCCCUUUGGGGAAAUUUUCCUUUGGGGAAAUUUUAUUGAGCAUGUAAUAAAAUGAGAAAGACAAACAACCCCCGCCCCCCCUUUUUUUUUUUUGCUGAGCCCAGCAAACCUCAAAGGAUAAAGUACCUGUCUUCGUGGAUAAACUGUGAAGUGAAAACCUUAACACUGGUUUGUUUUAACUGACUUGAACAGCAGUUGGAGGUUUUUUAUCCUGACUGGCUGGGAGUACUGUCUGAAAACAAAUAAAGUGUAUAACUGAAAACAAUAGCAGGAGAGAGCAGGAAAGAAUAUAUUUAAGCAGACCUCCUUUGUGCAAUCACAGAUCUUAAUGCUAAGGUCAAAACACAGCAUUUUCUUUGCAGACUGAACAUAUUUCUUACAUCUAGUCCAUCAGUGUUGCAUGACCUCAGUUGCUUUUCUAAAACUGUUUAAUGGUGAGUUUGAAAGAUAAGCAGUGCAAGGUUGAGAAGUCCAGUGAUAACUACAGUAUUUUCACACUGAAAACUUAUGAGUUAUCUCUCUAAAAAUAACUGAAAAAAAAUUCUUUGCAUUUGAGUGGCAGAGCAGGUUAUAUAUCUGUGUGGGUAACAAAACAAGCAGUUUAGCUCAGAAUACCAGACCUCCUUCCAAUUCACACUGCCUCUGCUUCUGAAUUUGCAUAGGAUACCCAAAGAUUUCUUUUUCAAGAAUGGUACUUUUAAAGAGGUGCAUAUAAUAUGUGUGAAAAUAAAGCACAUUUUUUAAACAAACUCAUGCAUUUCACUUCAUAACUGGAAGUGCCUGUAAAUAAUGUUUUUGUUACUCUUUAAUUCCUGCACUUUCAGAUUGCUUGGCUGGACAGAAUGAAAUGAUUGGUGUUUUGACAUACGUCAGGAAAUGUCUUCUCUUGUAAUUAGAGUUUGGAAAUGGGAGGAAAUUUUUGAGUUUUCCUCCUUCUUCACCUGCCUUUUACUUUUUAUGGGGAGAAAAACAAUUAAUUCAAGGACUGUAAGAAACUAUACAGCUUAACUGUUUUUCCCCUGUAUCUUCCAUAUGUCUUUUUCUUAAUAUCUUUAUAGUUAGAAUUUUAGUACAGUUUAUAAGAGUUAUUUAUCAGUGUAAACCUACCUUUUUCUCCCAUUGUCAUAUCACUUGUUAGUUCUGAGAUUCACUUGAUUGAUUCACUUUUUUUUUUUCCUCCUAAAGUGAAGAGAGGAGGAAAGUUCUAAUUCUGAGGGUUUCCUCAGGUGAACUGAGUGAUAAAUGUGUCCUUCACAUCAUGGUAUUUUCACCCCAUGAUGCAGCUUUAACUUUUGAAUGUUUUCUCAUUUGUAUGAAGCGAUAAUAAAAUCCAAUGAGGGAUUGUCAGAGAUGCAGAAUAUUCACUGCCUCUCCAUUUAUUUCAGCUGGUAUUGGGGGUACUCAUUGCUCAUAAACAUUGGUGGCCCGUACUUGUUGAAAUGGGUUGUCAGUAUUGUGUCAAAACAUUAAAAAAAUUUUUCCUUUGAGUUUUUCUCAAAGCAAUAGACUUUGCUUUGGAAAAAGUGAUGUUUCCAAUUCUGUGAUACAGUUCCAUAUAGUUCUCCUGGGUUUGGUUUGACAUAUAACAAACCAUUUCAAAGUUGCAUUCAUUUUUCUAUUGUAUGGUAAUGUAAGUAAUGCUUUUGUCAUCCAUUUUAAACACAAAUACAUUAUCAAUGUUUGGACUGAUACA